AUAUUAAAGUUCUCAAAUUGGAAUACCUAAUAGCGGGAAUAUGACGGUUUCGUACACAGCCGAGGUGGCCUCGUGCCGCCAUUUUGGCUGCUUCUGGAAGCUGUUGGCCAGAUGGCGUGCCAGUAUCUACAAGAUUAUUUGGGUGGAUUUAUUGGCGUUUCUGGCAAGCUUCUAUUGCAUGGCCCUGCUGUACCGUUAUGUCCUCAGGGAAAGUGACAAAGUGAUCUUCGAGGACAUUGUCGUGUACUGCCACAGCUAUGGCACCCUGAUACCGCUCUCGUUCGUUCUGGGCUUCUACGUGUCCAUCAUUGUAGAUCGCUGGUGGAAUCAGUACAUCACAGUGCCCUGGCCAGAUCCCCUGGCGGUGUAUGUGAGUGCCCUGGUGCGGGGUCAGGAUGAGCACGGACGACUCAUGCGUCGCACCAUCAUGAGAUAUGUGUGCCUGGCCCUGACAAUGGUCCUGACCAUGAUAUCGCCGGUGAUUAAGCGGCGUUUCCCCAACUACGACUACCUCAUUGAGGCGGGAUUGCUCAACGCGAACGAGGCGAACAUCAUCAAGGCCAUGGACGCCAAGUUUCCCAAGCAUCCCAAGUAUUGGAUGCCCAUCAUGUGGGCCAGCAGCAUUGUGACGCGCGCCAGGAAGGAGGGGCGCAUCUGGGACGACUUCUCCCUCAAGUCCAUGAUUGACGAGCUGAACAAGUUUCGGGCUGGCUGCAACAUGCUCAUCCACUACGACACCAUCAGUGUUCCCUUGGUCUACACGCAGGUGGUGACCCUGGCGGUCUAUACGUACUUCAUGGCCGCCAUAUUCGGCCAUCAAUGGAUCGAUAAGCAGUCUGGCGGCGAGAGCAGAUACAGGAACGUGAUCAAUUAUUACUUUCCGCUUUUCAGCACCCUGGAGUUCUUCUUCUUCAUGGGAUGGCUGAAGGUGGCCGAGACGCUCAUCUGUCCCUUCGGAGAUGACGAUGACGACUUUGAGCUCAACUGGCUGAUCGACCGCAAUCUUCAAGUGAGCUAUCUAAUCGUGGACGAGAUGCACAACGAUCAUCCGGAGCUAGUUAGGGAUCAGUACUGGGACGAGGUCUUCCCAAACGAGUUGCCCUAUGCAGCGGAGGCACAGCGGGCCGAGCAUCCGGAGGCUUCUACAGCUAGGAUGGACCUGUCCAAGAUCAACACGCUGACAACGGCUCCGUACAAGGCUCACAGCGUCGAUCUGGAGCCGGAUUGGACCGAUUUCGAUGACGAGGACGAGAACGAGCUGCGCAUCCGAUUCGCCCCGCAUGAAAUCCACCCCAGCAGGAGCUCUGUGUCCAUCUCAGUUUCCUCGGAUGAACACUUUUCACGGUUCGAAGAGGAUUUGGGCGAGGAGGAACACCUGAGUCGCGAGACAAGCAAGGACGACUUUGCCCGUCUGAAGGCGGAGCGGGAACGCGAACGCAUGACUCGUCAAAUCCAUCAUGCUGCCAUGACGCUGGAGCUAAUGAAGGGCGAAGCUCCCGCUGGAACCAGUUCGGGUGGGGCCUCGGAGCAGGACAACGGCAGGCAAACGCGCAAGGACACAGAAAUUCAGACAGACAAGAGUCACAUAAGCAAGAAAAAGGACAAGUAAAUAUGUA